GACCGCCCAUAUCACUUGUUCGCGCCCUCCAGGACGAUGCAGAGGCCGCUGGACAUCGCUGAAAGUUGGUGGAGGGAGAGGGGGCGAUGGGGACCUUAACGAGCGAGCUGUCCGCUCGGUUAUGGCUAGCCGGGCGCCGCCGAAUGCACGCGCGUCAGUGCUUCCAGCGCAUUCGCUCUCGUGCGAGUUCUGACCAGAGUCUGAUUGUACGCACGCUUGGAUUCUACAAGUUCUAUUCCCUUCUGCUCGCACACGACUAUCCAACAGCCUCGCAACCAACCCACAUAACCUCCCCCAAUAUGCCUUUCACCCUUGUCCUCCCUGACGGCUUCCAGUACCUUGGCGCUGCAUUUGCGUCGACGAUCUGGCUGCAAGUCUGGCAGGCCCUUCUUGUCGGCCGUGCCCGGAAAGCAGCUGGCAUCCAGUACCCUCGUCUGUACGCUGAGAAGGCAGAGGAGGAGGCCUCGUUCCUCGCCAAGAAGUUCAACUGCACUCAGCGCGCGCACCAGAACACCCUUGAGCAGAUGCCUUUGAUAUGCACUGCCACCGCUCUGUCUGCCCUCAAGUACCCCACAUUCGCUGCCGGCGCUCUCGGCCUCUGGACUGUCGGGCGUGUACUCUACACGCUCGGGUACAUCACGGGCGACCCGUCCAAGCGUCAGGCCCGCGGCGGUUGGAUUGGCUCGCUUUGCUUCUUGGCUCUUGCUUCAACUGGCACGUAUGUCGCUGGGGCUCUGGCGCUUGGCCACUAAAUAUCUGGUUUAUUAAAGACCAAAAGCGUGUGUAUAUUCUCUACUCGUGCAAUAUAUCCGGGACGAUAGUCUCCUCUGCGGCGA